UGCAUGACUGCUCCUAAAACGGCUACCGAGUGGUGUGCUCUUGCCUCUUGUCAUACAUCCCUUCCCGUCGGCGCUGCGCUGUCCGUUCCUCACAAUUUAAGCGUGUGAACGACUGCUCCGGUUGGUAAAACGCUCAGCGACAUGCCGGUUUGUGUUUUUUCAACGAGCUUAAUUUUUGAAAUAUGACUCAGCGUAAGAGAAUAACCAAGCUUGCCAGCAUCUGGUGCGUGUGAUCUGUAAGGAGGCAGCAGCGAAGAUGGAGCUGUCCGACGGCUUGUUGCUGCCGGUAAGCAAUGGAGAGCAGUGGUGCAACCACUGGAAACAUCCUAACGAAGACCCUGACCGCAGCACCAGUCCGUCAGUCCUGCGCUCUGGUGCCAGGAUGUGGAAUGAGGGCCUGCUGAACAGAAAGCGGCCAUUUGUGGGCCGAUGCUGUCACUCCUGUACACCUCAGAGCAGGGAACAAUUGUUCCACCCCAACAUUCCAACUCUGGGCCUUCGUAACGUCAUCUACAUCAACGAGACCAACACGAGACAGCGGGGCUGGUUGGCACGCAGGCUCAGCUAUGUGCUGUUCGUUAUGGAGAGAGACGUCCACAAGGACAUGUUCACCAGGAAUGUGGUCGACAAAGUGCUGAACAGCAGCAGGGUGGAGUCUACCAUUUCGAAGGUUGCAGUAGAGUCGGAGGCUGCGGUCAGCCAGCCGGUCAGUAAAGUGAAGCAGAAAGCCAGAGCCGUCCUCCAAGAGAUGGUGGCCAACAUUUCCCCGCCGUUCAUCAGGCUGACAGGGUGGGUGCUCCUCAGGCUGUUCAAUGGCUUCUUUUGGAGCAUCCAGAUUCACAAAGGACAGCUGGAGAUGGUGAAGAAAGCUGCCUCAGAGCGAAAACUGCCCAUGGUCUUUCUCCCAGUCCACAAAUCCCACAUCGACUACCUACUCAUCACUCUGAUUCUGUUCUGUCAUAACAUCAAGGCGCCCCACAUCGCGGCUGGAAACAAUCUCAGCAUCCCAAUCCUCAGCACUGUGAUUCGUAAACUCGGUGGAUUUUUCAUUCGGCGGAGAAUGGAGGAGACAGUGGAUGGAAAGAGAGACAUUUUGUACAGGUCGCUGUUACAUACAUACACAGAGGAGUUAUUGAAGCAGCAGCAGUUUUUGGAGGUCUUCCUGGAGGGUACGCGGUCCCGCAGCGGUAAGCCGUUUCCGCCCCGUGCGGGCAUGCUGUCCAUCGUGGUCGACACGCUGCUCACAGGGGAAAUCGGAGACGUGCUGGUCGUGCCAGUUGGCAUCUCGUAUGACCGCAUUAUUGAAGGCAACUAUAACAGCGAGCAGCUGGGUAAACCUAAGCAGAAUGAGAGUUGGUGGGGAAUAGCAUGUGGAGUGUUUCGGAUGCUAAGGAAAAACUACGGUUGUGUUCGAGUUGAUUUCAACCAGCCCUUCUCUCUAAAGGAAUACCUGGACACCCAGAGGAGCCGUCAUGUUCCCCCACCAGUGUCCCUGGAAAAAGCCUUGAUGCCAUACAUCAUUUCUGCACAGGCUGGUGGUCAGUUUGAAGGGCAGGAAGAGGAAGUGAUGGACAGAGAAGUCCCAGACGAACUCUUUAGACGACAUGUCAUCAACCACCUGGCCAAGCACGUCCUCUUCACUGCUAAUAAAUCAUCAGCGAUUAUGUCAACUCACAUUGUGGCCUGUCUGCUUCUGUACCGACACAGACAGGGGGUUGUUUUACCCAAACUGGUAAAGGACUUCUUCACCAUGAAGGAGGAGAUCCUGUCUCGGGACUUUGACCUGGGUUUUUCAGGGGAGUCUGAGGAUGUGGUCAUGCGUGCGCUCCACCUCCUGGAAAAAUGCAUCAACGUGACCGGCAGCGCCAACCGCAACGGAGAGUUCACCGUGGCAGCCUGUCAGACCGUACCCGCGCUCUUCGAGCUCAACUUUUACAGCAACGGCCUUUUCCACGUCUUCAUUCCGGACGCCAUCAUCGCCUGCAGCAUCCUGUCCCUGCAGCGAGAUCUCAUCACGGAGUCUCCUCACCGACCCAAGGAUUGCAGCAACCUUCUGCUCAGUCAGGAGCGUCUCAUCCACAAGGCGGCAGGUCUCUCCCACUUCCUGACCAACGAGGUGGCAGUGGCACCACCCUGCCAGACUAUUUACCAGGUUUUGAACGAUGCAGUGACCCGACUCAUCCAGUAUGGGGUCCUCUACGUGGCUGAAGAGGACCAGGAGGAAAUGAACUCCAGCCCAACCGAGGAACCCUGGCCUAAGAAGUUCUCCGAGCCGCCCUCCUGGAGAAGCGACGAAGAGGACGAAGACAGCGACUUUGGGGAGGAGCAGCGAGAUCGCUACGUGAAGGUGAGCCUGUCAGCUGAGCACCAGGAGUUCUUCAUCUUCCUUCAGCGCCUGCUCAGUCCAGUGCUGGAGGCCUACAGCGGCGCCGCCGUGUUUGUUCACGGCUUGAGUCAGCCUAUGCCUGAGUCCGACUUCACCCUGAGGCUCUUCAAAUACCUGCUGACACGGACAGAGAGAGGCAUUGCUGCUUAUGGUGAAAGUGCAACUCACUAUCUGGUUAAGAACACGGUGAAGACAUUCAAAGAGCUCGGGGUCCUGAAGGAAAGACAAGAAAACAGAAAGUCAGUUCUGGAGCUCAGCAGCACCUUUCAACCUCAGGCCAACAGGAAUAAACUCCUCCAAUACAUCUUAAGCUUCAUGCUUCUGUGACUGGGGAACCUUUAAGACCUCUCACCUUUUCAAAGGGCUUCUACUGGUUACUUCAAAACAAUCCCAGGUGCUAGUCUGCGGAAAGCUUUACCAGGAAGUGCCUUCACGCAUCGGCCGCUAACUCUUCGCCGUCAGCUGGAAGAGACCUGAAGUCAGUCUUCCUCCUUUUCUUUCCAGCCAGAAGAGGUACCUCCAGGAAUCCCCACGUUUUUUGGUAACGUUGCCAACGUAGUUUAAAUGUUUUGCCCUGGUCAAAAAUUUUUAAUUGUGUGUAUAUAUAAAGAAAACAAUAACAUCAAAACAGCAAUCUGAAAAGAAGAAAGCUACCUUUGCAUAGGAAAUGACAAACAGGAGAAUUUUAUGUUGAUUCUUUCUGCUUGUAUGUAAAAGCUGCUAAAAUGUCUUUAGUGCACUCUAGUAUCGACUAUAAGGAAAAUAAAAAUGUAGUUUGUCUUCAAAAGCAAGUUCCUGUACAUAAAUCUCGGUUGUAGUGUAGAAAAUGCGCACAAUCUGGGGAGUCAAUUAAUGUUUUCAUGACUGACUGAAAGACUUUUGGGCGGCUGAAAGAUGGCGUCCCAGUCGCAACGUGUAAAUAUUCUGAUAUUUCUUGAGAAAAAUAUGUUUAAAUCUCUCGGUACCACUGAGGUCAGCAGUUCUGUACAGUUUGUGGUUUCAGUUAUCGAAGCAUUCAGCUGCAAAAUCGUUCAGAUGUACAGAAAUACAGAAAGUGCCUCUCAAUAAGUCAGUGUCUUUGUAAAGUCCGUUUCUUUCAGUAAUUUAGCUCAAAAAGUGAAAUAUGAAUUAAUUUCACACAGUAAUGGUUUGUUAUAAGCCAAGAUCCUCAAAGUUAACAGACAUAAACAUCAUUUAGUUUCACUUUUUCAUCGAGUUACUGAAAUAAUCCGACUUUUCGAUGAUUUUCUCAUUUACUGAGAUGCACCUGUAUUAACUGAUCAGAUGCAAUCAGCAGUGAACCGGCUAAAGUUAAGUGCAUUUAAUCCACUGUUCUCGGUUCGGUUACACUUUUAUCAAGACUUUUAAUCAUUAAUAAUCUUUCUGCAGCAACUGUUCAAUGAAUGUUACGUCACACAGCACCAGCCAUCGCAUCAUUUAAACGCAGCCGCCUCAGAAACUCCUUAAAACUGGGAUAUUUCAUCCAACACAGCAUAUUCUUCCAACGACGCAUUACUGAAGGAGCUACUGUUUUCCCAUCUGUUGGAUAUUUAGAAGAAUGAGUUUGUGAAAAUGUCACAUGGAGAAAUCAUGAACCGGUCUGUGGAAGAGGGAUGGCAAGAAAUAAAAAGGUCAUGUUUAUGUUCUUGGUUGUUAAAUGAAAUCAUUGCCACAAACACACGUUCAGCUGCCCAGUUAAAUCCAGAGCAUUUCUACGUUUCGCUCAAAUUAGAGAGUAAAAAAAAGUCAAAACAAUUAAACUUAAAGCUACACUGUAUUAUAUCGCUGCAUGUAAAUGCAAAACAAUCCGUUUUUCUGUUCAUUGUGAAAUGAAAAUGUGAAUAUAUUUGCUUUCUCUUACUAAUUCAGAAAUUAACAGGUUUUUGAAAUUGAACAGCUGUGUAAAAUAUCCUCCGUGUUAGCCUGCGUGUUUGCAUGUCUGCAGGCUAAGAGAGGAAAAAGUUAUUUUUUUUAUUAUUACAGGGUCAAAGGAAGUUUAAAUCAUUGUUGUGGUUCUUGGUUUAAAAUUUAUAACGACUGGGUAUUUGUGAAAACAGGCUUCAUUUUUGCUGGUUACUGUUUGUUUAAAUGUGUUUUCCGUGUGUGUUUGCAUUUACUUUUUAGUUUGUUUUUUUUUGGUUACGUUAAAGUCAGCUCUAUUGUAUGUACAAAUGAAUUGUAUCUGUAGACUUCUUACAGGAAUCCUCCAGCGUGCUGAAGGACAGACCAGUAUGUGACGUCGAUGGAAAUGUGAUGCAAACUGGUGAAUGUGUUUAAAUGUUUAUAAACUCCUUGUCGCCGUUUCUGAGCCUGCAGAAAUCAAACCACCGCACACGCUGCGCUGUGCGCUUCCUCUGGUCGCCGCUAACUCUUCGGAUUGAGCCGAACUCCAUCUGAAAACGAUAUCUUACCUUAAAAACAGUGAUCUGAAAGAACAGCUUAUUUAUUAGAGUAUGUGAAUGUGUGAAUUUGCGUCAGAAAAGGUGAAAAGCUCGGUUUGGGUUUUUGUGUUUAUGAACUGUUUCUGUGGGAGUUGAUGCUACUGAAACUGCAUUACCAACAUCUCACGAUGAUGAUUCUUCUUCGCUGUUAGACAUGCCUGUUAAUGGGGAGCAGUUGCCUUUUUUAAACUAUCUGUAGUUUACUUUGGUUUUGUUUUUUCUGAUUUUGUUGCAUGUGAACAUUUUUCAUGUAGGAAUCUGAAACGAAGCUGUAGAUUGUAACCUUAACGGGAGAAAAUCUGAGGUUUCUGUGUGAGGAUCACCAGCUACGAACUGUUUUUAUUUGAUGUUGCUUUAUUGAAGCAAAGCACAAAUGGCAUUAUUAGGUGAUGUUUUUAAAUAAAUUAACAAUAGAAUAACAA